UGCCAUCAUAUAUGGUCUGUCUACUGACAACAGAGCUGAUCUGAAGAAGUUGAGAACAAUGCUUGGAGUUUGUCCACAAACGGAUUUCAACUUUGGUGCACUCACAGUGGAAGAAAAUUUAAAGGUUUUUGCUGCAAUCAAAGGGAUUAAAAGGAAAGAAAUAGAUAAUGAGGUCCAGAAAAUAUUAAAAACUUUGAAUAUUGAAAACAUCUCCAAGUCUUAUGCAAACAGCUUAAGCGGAGGGCAGAAAAGAAAACUUUCCCUUGCAAUUGCAAUAUUAGGAGACCCACAGAUCUUGCUUUUAGAUGACCCAACUGCAGGCAUGGAUCCUUGCUCACGACAUUAUGUCUGGUCCUUCCUGAAAGGCAGAAAACCUGACCAGGUGACAGUUAUAAGUACUCAGUUCAUGGAUGAGGCCGACAUACUUGCUGACCAGAAAGCUGUGAUUUCACAUGGAACCUUAAAAUGCCUUGGUUCAUCUCUGUUUCUUAAAAGUAAAUGGGGCAUUGGUUAUAAACUAAGCAUGUAUGUGAAUGAAUCAUGUGAUGUAGACAAAGUAACAUCACUAAUCAAAUUGCAUAUACCCAAAGCAGAACUGGAACAAAGACAUGAAGCAGAAGUGAUUUACUCACUACCAUUUGAGAACAUUAGCAUAUUUCCAGGCUUGUUCUCUUCAAUAGAUGCUAGCAUCGAUUUGGGUAUUGUUAACUAUGGUGUUUCCAUAACCACACUGGAGAGUGUCUUUCUGAGACUUGAGGGAGAGUCUGACAUUGAACAAGCAGAUUAUAGUGUCUUUAACCAAGAGCAGCUGGAGGAAGAAAAACAUGGCGGCUGCCAAGAUGACCUACAGGAAGGUCUUUUGUCAUUUUCUGAAAGCAACAUUUCAGCUGUAACUGGUAUGGCGCUCUGGAGGCAGCAAGUUUGUGCUAUUGCAAAAUUACACUGGUUAAACCUGAAACACGAAAGAAAGAAGCUGAGGAAUGUGCUAGCAUUGAUUCUGAUUCCUCUUUUUAGUACCAUCACUUAUAUUAUAACAAGAGAUACAAGUACAUCUAUGCAGCUGUCCCCAGGACUGGUUCUGCUUCAGAAUGGAGUCAUGCCAAAGCACUACCACACCAAACUACUACUUCAAAACUCCACAGAUUCAAGCAUAGAUGACAUCCUGAAUAUUUUAGAUAAUCAAGGAAUAUCCACCGAACUGUUUACUGGAGAUGACAUAUUAUCUGCCAUUCCUCACAAUGCAGCUUUAAAUAUAAUGGCUAAUAAGACUUCUAGAUUUCAAGCUGUGUUCAGCAGGAAUGUAAUCCAUUCCCUUCCUGUAUUGAUCAGCAUUGUUAGCAACCUGCUUUGCAUCAAGCUAAACUGCAGUGACACUAUCCAUACUUGGAGUGAACCAUUUGAAAGAUACCGUGAAACUCAAGAGCAAUUCGUUAUAUUACACCUAACAUCAGUGAUAUUAUUUGGCAUUGCUCCUCAGUUCACUAUGGACAAUAUCAGAGAUCGAAAGGUUGCUGCACACUCUCAGAUGUUCAUUUCUGGACUUUUCCCAUCUGCCUAUUGGUGUGGGCAAUCCCUUAUGGAUAUCCCACUCUAUUUUGGUCUUACAACUUUCACAACAGGAAUUAUUUUAUCGACAUUUUAUCCAGUAACCUACUCCUUUGGCUCUAUUUGUAUGCUGAUCAUUUUCUUGUUCACACAAUCAACAGCUAUAGUCUUCUUAUGUUAUUUACUAUCCUGCCAACUAAACAAAAGUCGGGACUUCUGGUCUUUUAUUUUCAUACUGUUCAGUGGUGUUCCAUCAUUUAUUGAUGUUCCCUUAUAUUAUGAUGUUUCACUUCUGCUUGUACCAACUGUUUCAGCAUACAUUCAUUUUGUGGACAGCUGGCAUUGGACACAUAUUUAUCCAGAAAUGUCAUAUGGAAGGUGGAGGGACAUAGGAUCCUUAAUAUAUUUCAUAAUCAGCAUUGUUUUCUUGCUUAUCCUUAACUGCAUUGAGCGCAGAUGUGGAAAACAAGUGAUGACAACAGACCCUAUAUUUAGGAUUUCACCAAGGAAGAGGAAAGCAAUUUCUAACACAGCAGAACUAGAUGAUGAGGAUGAAGAUGUUCAGGAGGAAAGAAUAAAGGCCACAUCAGAUCUGACAUCUCAGGAUCAUGAAGAAAGACCAAAUAUUGCUGUCCAGAAUCUGAGAAAAGAAUACAUAGAAAGGAAAUUGUGUUGUGUCAAGGGCAAGAAGAAGACCGCAGUAAAAAAUGUUUCUUUCUGUGUUAACAAAGGAGAAGUACUUGGACUGCUGGGGCCAAAUGGAGCUGGCAAAACUACAACUAUGUUCAUGAUAACAGGAGAAACAGUUCCUUCUGCAGGGAAGGUGGUGAUGAAUGAUGAGUUACUCAGGUAUAUUGGCUACUGCCCUCAAAUCAACCCACUCUGGCCCUUUCAUACUGUGAAGGAGCACCUUGAAAUUUAUGCUGCUAUUAAAGGGCUGAGGAAGGAAGAUGCAAUGGAAACCAUAAAGAGAGUGGGUAAUACACUGGAACUGAAGGAACAUUUCCAAAGUCCAACAAACAAAUUAUCUGCUGGAAUAAAAAGAAAGUUAAGCUUUGCACUAAGCAUGCUGGGAGAUCCUCAUGUUAUGCUGCUUGAUGAGCCAUCUACUUCAAUGGAUCCCAAAGGCAAACAACGUGUAUGGAGGUCAAUCCGAGCUGCAUUAAUGAACAAACAGCGGGCAGCUGUUCUGACGACACAUUGCAUGGAAGAGGCUGAAGCAGUCUGUGAUCGAGUUGCCAUUGUGGUGUCAGGGAAGCUCAGGUGCAUCGGUUCAAUUCAACACCUGAAGAGUAAAUAUGGAAAAGGAUAUGUACUGGAAAUUAAGUUAAAGGAAGUGGUAGCUGAAGAACAGAAGGAUCUUUACAAUGCAGUGUUGCAGAUGUUUCCACAUGCUGAGCAUCAGGAAAGACUUGCUUCUCACAUGCUGUUCAAAAUACCAAUGGAGGAUGUCAAGUCUCUUGCACAGUCCUUCUCCAUGCUAGAGGAAGCCAAACAACAGUUUGACAUCAAGGAAUACAGCUUUUCACAAGCCACCUUGGAACAGGUUUUCAUAGAGUGUGUUAAAGAGCAAGAGCAAGACAAUGCAGGAAUGGCUUUGAAUACUAACUUUCAGUGGAAACGAUUCGAGUAGAAAGUGCAUUGGUUUUUGUUUGUUUUGUUUAGCUCUAUAAGUAUAUCAAUAGAUGACAUAAUGAGUCAAUUAUAUUAUGUCAUUGCAUGAAUAUGUACAUGGGAUUAUCUAGUUACCUCAGCUACAGCAGCCUCAGGGUAUAAGUGGGGUGAAGAUAUAUUUUUGUACUCAUGAUUACAUUAAGAAGAAAGAGAAGAAGAAGAAUGAGACUGGCAUUAUACGUACUUACCAAGCAUGCACUAGGAGGCAGAUAUUGAACCUAGCCGCUAGGGUUGCCAACUGCCCUGAACAUUUCUGGACAGUCCAGAAUUAAGGGACACUGUCACUAACAUUGAAGAACACAAGAAUAUGUUUAAUUGCGCACAGUAAUAUUGUACAACAAUCCCUUUGAGGGGUGGUUAAUGCACACUUCUAUUCUACACGCAUUUUGCUUUUACAUACAUGUCCAGAAUUUUUUACAUGAAAAGUUGGCAACAGUACUUCCUAGUGCGCCAUCAGCUGAGGAAAUAAAACUCAGGAUGAAAGGAAACAGCUCAUAGCCUUCAUCUUCCCAGUUUAGACAAAUAUUUAUUGGCAUGAAAGCAAAAAAAUAGCAAUACUAUCUCAGUCUUAGGAGCAUUAAGGCAUGCUCAUGACCAUGUAUAAACAGCACACAUUUUAUUUACCUGUGAUUAAUCUGAGCUGUUAAGCCGAUAGUUACAUUUUCAAAACUGACUGUGCCUAAAAGCAGUGGACAUGACUUUUGAUAUAUGAGGUGCUUCUUUUUCUCUUUCAUUUAUUAGAUAACUGCAUGAUGUUAGCAGAUAUAGAAUGUAUACAGAUUAACAACUGAUACACCAACAUAUAUUCCAAGCUGUAUAAUCAGCGAUGUAAAUCUGUCAUCACUAUUCUUUGGAAGUGAACAUUUAAUCUGUCAUCUCAAUGGUAGUAGCCAGUUGGCUCAGUGAUAAAGUAGAUGGAUGUUCGUCGGUGCCUCUGGUGGUCAUAGCUUGAAAUCAGUGUCUAUCACUUUAUGUGAUAACCAAAUGUGGAAAUAAGAUGAGCUGAACAUUAACAGUCUGCUCUGGGUGGUCUACAUGGUGAGUGACCAGUUUCCUUAUAUGUUUAAUAUGAUCUGCAUUCAUGUAUAGCUAUACCUGUUUAUUUUGCAAAACCAGAAAAAAAAAUAAGGACAAUGUCACCACUAAGAGUAAUGUGGCACUGUUUUCUCAGAAAGAUAAUAAAAUGAUAUAGAAUUGGUGGUUAUUUGCUUCGGCGACUACAUGAGGUGCAUGAACUACAUAUCCAGUGUUAUGUACCCUUUUCCAUUUUAGUUUUCCAUUUAAUAAAACAUUUCAUUUCAGUAA